AGUUGAGAUGGUAGACUUCAGUGGAGGUGCCAUCACCAACAAUCCCACUGCUCACGAUGUCAAGCACCUUCAUCCGCUAACUAUAUUAUAGUGAAUCAUGUAAUUAAGAAAAACGGUAUGCACGAAAUGAAUAGAUGCCACACGCUUUCAUCGGUGACUACAACAUUGUUUUCUGGGACCAGCAAAGUGUGGUCCUUCCACCAAUUGAAAACCGAUCCCCUUUCGUCACCGUAAUGCUAAACUAUGUGAGAACAGUAUCUAUCUAGAGUCUUCACCAAAUCCAACAGUAUGUGAGAACACAUCAAUUUGUCCAUGGCACCACCAACUACAAGACUGGUUUCGUCAAUAGAUUUGAAGAAGAAGCCAUGGCAGCAAAACCCUCCUCUCCACAACCGAUGGCACCCUCACAUACCACACGUAGCCACUGUUAACACUUCUCAUGUCUUUAGAGUAGAGAUGGUAGAUUGGACAGGAGGCGCAAUUAGAGAUGAUGAUUCACCACUCGACGUAAAAUCCAUAGACCUCUCAACUGUACAUUAUCUUAGUGGGCCAAUUAGAAUUGUGGAUGAUGAUGGGAUCCCAGCCAAGCCUGGAGAUCUGCUUGCUGUUGAAAUAUGCAACUUGGGUCCUCUACCUGGUGAUGAAUGGGGUUUUACUGCAACAUUUGACAGAGAAAAUGGAGGUGGCUUCUUAACAGACCAUUUUCCUUGUGCCACAAAAGCUAUCUGGUACUUUCAGGGAAUAUAUGCUCAUUCACCUCAGAUACCAGGAGUACGAUUUCCAGGUUUAACGCACCCCGGGAUAAUUGGAACUGCACCAUCAAUGGAACUCCUCAACAUAUGGAAUGAAAGGGAGAGAGAUAUAGAAGAAAAUGGUGUUAAGUCUUUCAAACUCUGUGAGGUUUUGCAUACUCGACCUUUGGCAAACUUGCCAUCAACAAAUGGCUGUCUCCUUGGAAAGGUUGAAAAAGGCUCUAGUGAAUGGGAGAGGAUUGCAAAUGAAGCUGCAAGAACAAUACCAGGACGAGAAAAUGGUGGGAAUUGUGACAUAAAAAACCUUAGUAGAGGGGCAAAGGUAUACCUCCCAGUUUUUGUGGAAGGAGCAAAUCUCAGCACCGGUGACAUGCACUUUUCACAGGGCGAUGGCGAGGUCUCUUUCUGUGGUGCAAUCGAGAUGAGUGGUUUCUUAGAACUCAAGUGCGAAAUUAUAAGAGGUGGAAUGAAAGAGUACCUUACACCAAUGGGACCCACUCCCCUUCAUGUAAACCCAAUUUUUGAGAUAGGCCCUGUUGAGCCAAGAUUCUCAGAGUGGCUAGUUUUCGAGGGAAUCAGUGUUGAUGAAAGUGGGAGACAACACUACCUAGAUGCAAGUGUUGCAUACAAGCGAGCAGUGCUCAAUGCCAUCGACUACAUAUCCAAGUUUGGAUACUCCAAAGAACAGGUGUACCUGUUGCUGUCUUGCAUUCCUUGUGAAGGAAGAAUAUCUGGAAUAGUCGAUGCCCCCAAUGCUGUGGCAACCCUGGCCAUUCCAACAGCUAUAUUUGACCAGGAUAUUCGUCCUAAAAAUAACAAGGUACCAGUUGGGCCCCGACUUAUGAGAAAACCAGAUGUUUUCAAAUGCACUUACGAUGGAAAUUUGCCCAUUACAAAGAAUCCUAGUGCCACAUCAUGAUUCAUAUUAACUACACGGGAAAAAUAAAUUUAAUAUCAACAUUUAUAUGUAUGUUGUUGUUCCUCGACCGUUGAGAAAAAUCAGUGACCUAUAUUAUAAUAAAUCUUUACAAUUUCGUGAUUU